AUGACAAAAAGGCCAACAUUUGCCAUUAAGGAUGAUGCAUCGUCCUCUUUCGAGUUCGCCAUCAUCAUCAUCAUCAUGUUGGGACCACGGCGUCUUCUUCUUUUCUUCUUGGGUGGCAUUCUGGCUCACCACGGGAUGUCCUCGCCGAACCCGACCUCACCAGAUCGGGUGUCCUCAUUGUCCUGCAAAAAAGCCAACUUCCCGACCGCAUACCAACACUGCCGAGUGUCCUCGCCAGGUGGCGUUUCUGACUUGCAAUGCGUUGGCAAGCAUCACUCGCAAGGAGAGUUGAACUGUACGUGGAGGCGAGGAGCGUCCCGGUCGUCCCCGUCUGUCUUCAUGCUGGUCGUCCAGCAGAGCACUAGAGACUACUGUCGCGUCUACAAGGACAUCAGGGAUACGAAGGUCACCAAGGUCUUACACUUCAUCGACUACAUGACCGCUGAGGUUCUGGAGCUGGUGGGCUCCAACUGCACCAAAGACGUCUUCACGGCGCACGCUCACAGCCUGUUGCACUGCGGGCCGCCGCAUCAAGUGACAUUCAAGCGCCACUCGGAGAGCGUGGAGGUGCGGGUGGACUGGCCGGAGGAGGACGCCAAGAACGUGCGGUCGUUCUACGUGCAACACAAAACAGCCGGCGGCCGAACGCAGGAGCAGUUCCCCGAUGCUGAAGUGCACGACAGUUACAACGUGAGCGUGGCCAAGGCGUCGGGGGAGCUGCCGCGGGAAAUGGUGACCCGCUCGCAUCCUCACGUCACGCUGGUCCUCUCCUUCUCAUCCUUCCACGUGGACGUCUUCGCCUUCAACAACGCCAGCGAGUCGCCCGCCGCCCGCGUAACGGUGCCGCCCAGAGUCGCCGGAGGCGACGGGAUGCUGAACGUGAGCGUCCACAGCGACGCGUCUUUCACCGUCUUCUCCAGGGACGACCUGGUGGGCUCCAACGAGUGCUUCAGCGUGGAGUGGAGCUCCGAGGGACGCCCCGCGGCCUACAGGUCCAUCUCUAAGGGCCCCAACAACUCCUGGACUUUGUCUCUCAGGCCAGGUUUGACUUCAUGUCGCGGUUUGAUGAGCAUCGCGUGUGCCUCAGAGCGCCUGGAGGCGUACAGAAGAUACGACGUCUGGCUGCACGUGCGACCCCAGCAGGCGCCGUGCAACCUGAAGCGCGUCAACAACAGCGAGGUCACCUACGCCGGCGCUCAGUUCUACUUCCUGGAAGGACCUCCGCUGAGUGCGCCCGCCAACGUCAGCGUGGCCAACGUGACGCACGACGCCAUGGAGCUGCGGUGGUCGUCCAUCCCGCAGGAGGAGCUCAGAGGCUUCCUGCUGGGCUACGUUGUUCACUACAUGGAGGACCAGCAGCAGGAGACAAACGUCAGCGUGUCGGCGCACGUCAACAGCUACACUCUGGAGGGUCUUCAAAGCGGGACUGCAUACUGGGUCCAGGUCUCAGGUGUCACCCGGGCCGGAGCGGGAGUCCGAAGCACCGCCAUACUAGUCAGCACGCACGAGCGAGGUUCCUUCAGCCUGAUAGCGGUCUUCAUCGUGUCCGUGGUUACGGCCGUGGUCCUUGUGAUUGUUCUCCUCCUCAUCAUGAAAAGAAAGGUUAAAGUCGUCUUCUGGCCAAACAUCCCCGACCCUGGCGAGAGCAUCACCAUACAGAAGCUGAACCUCCCCUCAAAGAUGCUUCUCCUGGAGUCCCUGACCCUUCUCAAUGUGGAAGAAUGCGUCAGCACGGGUGCGCUGACGGUGGAGGUCCGACCCGCGGGCCGCGAAGGCGCCAAGCUGUGUCCUGCUGACGAGCAAAGUCUCCCUGCCGCCACCGCCUACACAAGCCUGGACGCCAUGCUGAUGAUGCAGGGAACGCCAUGGGAAGUCAUGGCGGUGAAAUCGGGAAUGGACUGUGACCUGGUUUGUCUGCAGUCUGACUAUGGCCCACGAGAGGGCGCCAACGUGCUGUGACGACACCACCAACUAUGUAGUACUGCACUCAUCCGCCAGGGGAGUCACCUCGCUAUACCUAUCUGACAAAUAUUACUGAAGAACCCUGUUCGGAAAAAAAUAGUCCUGCAUGCUCAGCACUUUCUUGAGGAAAAUAAUUUCUUGCGCAACAGGGAUUUAUUUAAAAAAAAAAAAAAACAGCUUUUGUUUUUCAAAAUGUCUCUGUCACAAAAACAGAAGCAGAGCUAAAAUAUAUUUUUUAACUAGGGAUGCCCGAUAAUAUCGGACUGCCGUUAUUAUCGGCCGAUAAGUGCUUUAAAAUGUCGGAAUUUAUCGGUGUCGGUUUCAAAAAGUAAAAUGUAUGACUUUUUAAAACGCCGCUAUGUACACGGACGUAGGAAGAAGUACAGAGCGGCAAUAAACCUUGAAGGCACUGCCUUUGCGUGCCUGCCCAGUCACAUAAUAUCUACGGCGUUUGACACACACACACACACACACACACAAGUGAAUGCCGGCAUACUUGGUCAACAGCCAUACAGGUCACACUGACGGUGGCCGUAUAAACAACUUUAACACUGUUACAAAUAUGCGCCACACUGUGAACCCACACCAAACAAGACUGACAAACACGUUUCGGGAGAACAUCCGCACCGUAACACAACAUAAA